AGGGAAGGCGGCUCAGGAGGACCGAGUGAGGGCACCGAGGCGGGACGCACGCAGCCGGCGAAGGUGCAGUGUGGGCGCCCACGGAGUGGGGGAGCUGGGAAGAAAGGGGGCUGCGGUGGGCUGGAGAGAAGCGGGACGGGGAAGGCGCUCGGGAAGCUGUCCCCGCGGCGUCGUGCGCUCUGGGGACAGAGGAGGGGAGGUCUGGGCGGGCGGGCGGCGUGUGACCGCCGAGGCUGCGGCGGCUGGAACAGGUGAGCGGCCGCUGGGUUGUGGGUCCCCGCCCUUCACCGCCAGCGUGCCUCCUCCCACGGACUCUCUCCAGCGCUGAGCUGCUCCGCGGCUCCCCUUGCUUUGGGGUUUUGCAACUGGCUGCUGGCUUUUUUCCCCUCCCCUGUCUCGGUCUCUCCUUCUUCUUUUAGGUUGCUCCACCCCGCUCAGGAUCAGGCGAGGGGGAACCAGCCUGACUGCAGCUGCCAACUCCCGCCGAGUGCGUCUGCGAACUCCCGGAGCGGAGUCCCGCGUGCCGCCACCUCCCCGCGGGACGCACUCUCCUCGCUCCCCCGGGCCCCGCGUCCUCCCCCCGGCCACCCUUCCCCACUUUUCCCCCCUUUUCCAAUCACAUGGCAUUUUAAGAAUGCCGGAAAGAUGGCGGUAGCGGCGGCGGCGGCGGCGGCUGGGCCGGCUGGCGCGGGAGGCGGCCGGGCGCAGCGGAGCGGGCUGCUGGAAGUUUUGGUGCGGGAUCGCUGGCACAAAGUUCUGGUGAACUUGAGCGAGGACGCCCUGGUUCUGAGCAGCGAGGAGGGCGCUGCGGCGUACAACGGCAUCGGGACCGCCACCAAUGGCUCGUUCUGCAGGGGCGCCGGGGCUGGGCACCCGGGCGCGGGCGGCGCGCAGCCCCCGGACUCGCCCGCCGGGGUCCGCACCGCUUUCACCGACCUGCCCGAGCAGGUGCCCGAGUCCAUCUCGAACCAGAAGCGUGGCGUGAAGGUGCUGAAGCAGGAGCUGGGCGGGCUGGGGAUCAGCAUCAAGGGGGGCAAGGAGAACAAGAUGCCCAUCCUCAUCAGCAAGAUCUUCAAGGGGCUGGCGGCGGACCAGACCCAAGCCCUGUACGUGGGCGACGCCAUCCUGUCCGUGAACGGAGCCGACCUGCGGGACGCCACCCACGACGAGGCGGUGCAGGCGUUGAAGCGCGCGGGCAAGGAAGUGCUGCUGGAAGUGAAGUACAUGCGAGAAGCCACGCCCUAUGUGAAGAAAGGAUCCCCAGUAUCCGAGAUUGGGUGGGAAACACCUCCGCCUGAAUCCCCUCGGUUAGGGGGCAGCACCUCAGACCCCCCGUCAUCGCAGUCCUUCUCCUUCCACAGAGACCGGAAAAGCAUCCCCCUCAAAAUGUGCUACGUCACUCGGAGUAUGGCCUUGGCCGACCCUGAGAACAGGCAGCUUGAAAUCCACUCUCCAGAUGCUAAGCACACGGUGAUCCUAAGGAGCAAGGACUCAGCCACGGCCCAGGCAUGGUUCAGUGCCAUCCAUUCCAAUGUUAAUGACCUGCUGACCCGAGUGAUUGCUGAGGUCAGAGAGCAGCUGGGGAAAACAGGCAUUGCUGGGAGCCGAGAGAUUAGGCAUCUUGGCUGGCUUGCAGAAAAGGUGCCAGGGGAGAGCGAGAAACAGUGGAAACCAGCCCUGGUUGUGCUGACUGAGAAAGACCUUUUAAUCUAUGACAGCAUGCCACGGAGGAAGGAAGCCUGGUUCAGCCCAGUUCACACAUACCCUCUUCUUGCCACCAGGCUGGUCCAUUCAGGUCCAGGAAAGGGAUCACCCCAGGCUGGUGUGGAUCUGUCCUUUGCAACGCGAACUGGUACCAGGCAAGGGAUUGAAACACAUCUCUUCAGAGCAGAGACCAGCAGGGACCUCUCCCACUGGACAAGGAGCAUAGUACAGGGUUGCCACAAUUCUGCUGAACUCAUUGCUGAAAUCAGCACUGCUUGCACCUACAAAAACCAGGAGUGCCGUUUGACCAUACAUUAUGAGAAUGGAUUUUCUAUUACCACUGAACCACAGGAGGGUGCCUUUCCCAAGACCAUCAUACAGUCUCCUUAUGAAAAGCUCAAAAUGUCUUCAGAUGAUGGAAUCAGGAUGCUGUAUUUAGAUUUUGGAGGCAAAGAUGGAGAGAUUCAACUGGACCUUCAUUCCUGCCCCAAGCCAAUUGUUUUCAUCAUUCAUUCCUUCCUGUCAGCUAAGAUUACAAGACUGGGCUUGGUGGCCUGAAGACAGGGGCGACUUGCCUUCGAGAAAAGAAGGGCUGCAAUGCCACCAGAGAACAUGAUGUCAGACACCAUCUGUAGUGAGCAGCGCACCAGAUGUAGCGUGCUACAGUCAACUUUAGCUCUCAAGAGUCAUAUGUAACUGUCCCAGACUCCUCUGUCAGUUUCAGCAACUACAAGGGAUACCCUGCGAAAGUACCAUGAGAAAUAUCAGAGUAAAACUUUCUAGAACAGUACAAGGUUAAAGAGGUGAGGUGACGGGAAAUAUACAGCAUAGCUUUGAAAUAAUGACAACCAAGGACAUGACCAUUAGAACAGCAUGUGCAGAUCUUAAUCAUCCCAGUUCCUAGGCAACUGGUUCACCAGGUACGCAAGGGCCGAAUAGUUGAGAAAUGGACAUUUUUACCUACUCCUCCUAGCCCCCUAUCCCCAGUAACAGUGAUCCCUUUUCUUAUUGUGAUUUAUUUCCUAAUUCUUGCUGAGUUGACUUUCCCUUGUAGGAAAAGAAAAAUAUUUCAAAUAGAAACCCACCUUUUAUUUAAGUAUGAAGCAGCUGUUACUUUUUAAAAAAUGAAUUAUCUUUCAAUGGUGUAGAAUGAUUCCAUAGUGUCUCCAUUAGCAUAUACUGAGCAGGAAUUAAAUAAAGCAUCAGAUACUGAUCUGAGCUGAAAGCUAGUAGAAUCUGAGCCAAAGUAGACUGCUUAAAUUGAUAAGCUUUGCUAAAGAGUUGUAUGCACAAAGGAUGAUUAAUUCUGGGACUAUACUCACACCAAGGUCUGCUGUCUUAUAGCCAAGAAUUACAGCUUUAUUUAUAGAGAGUGAAUUAUGGGUAUUUUUUCAGAAAAUAUUGUCAUCUGAUAUACACAUAAAACAACUCACAUUGUUGGAGUUAACUAAUUAUCCCCAUUUCAUGGUUUUCAGUGGAAAUACUAAGCAACUUACUGACCCUUGUUUUUGCCUGUGCUUGUAUGCAUGCAUUUUCAAGCAAGUAAUAGAGCAGCCUCAUUUAAUUCUGGAUAAUGCUGGGUUUUACAUAUAGACUGAGUGCUAUAAUCAAAUCUAUUGAUAGUAUCUGCAGUUCUUUCAGAAUUCCAGGGAAAUAAUAUAACGACCUGAUAUUUUUCUACAGGAAUAUUUUCAGACAUUAUAUAGCACAUUACUGAUUUAAUGCUUUUGCUUUUAUCUUUCAAAACAAAUUCACUAAAAAUAACACCUAUUGAUUUUGAAGUCACUUUUCUCAAACCUUGAAAAUGAGCUCUAGGAUCUCUAUAAACAUUUCUAACACUUUUCCUGUAGUUUACAUAGACAGACAUCUGUUGUUAAACCUGUGUGUUUUUAAAGAAUCAUAUGUUAAUAAAUACCCAUGCAAAGAGCUUCAAAAAGUGAAACCGUGUUAAAGGAACACAAUUUUACUCACUCAGACAUAUUUGUUUAUUGAAUUGCAAAGUUUUAUUUUAAAUCAGCAUUUCCCCAAAGAAUAUAUCAUAUGACGCUAGUUCCAAGGGGCUUGACUGAGUGGUGUUUUGCUGGGGGGAGACAGGGGUUUGUUAAUACACUUUACUAAAUACUGAGCUGAAAAAUGUUAAAUAGAUUUCACGAUUGCCUCCUUGAAGAUUUUAAAGUUCAUUGUGGUUCUUCAAGGGGAAAUCUGGUGAGCCAUUCCUCACACUUACCUAUGGGACUCUUUUCUAAUGGAGCAUCUUGUGAAGCUAGUGGGUUUUUUUGUUGUUGUUGUUUGUUUUUUUUUUAAUGCUUUAGAAAACACAGCUUUAGGAUAUUGACUUUUUGUUUAUUUCUAUUUUCAAAUGCUGAAAAGUCAAGUCCCAGUUUGAAUACCAUAGAAAAGCUUUGAUGCAUUUGUAAAUUAUAUUGCACUCUUUCACUAUAUAUUUUCAAAAUCACUGGAAUGUUGUUAUACAAGAGAAUUAUAAUUGUGUAUUGUAAAUACCAUAUUAAAAAUACAUAUAUUAAUGCCAAUAGUUAAAUUCAACAAUAUGUAAUCUAAGGUGCUCGGUUCUACGUGAAGUAUGAGUUAACUGCUCAUAAUUAAGUUGCCAAGAUUCUAUUAUAUAUUUAUAGACAAAUUAAAAUGAUCAUAAUUACAAAUAUGAUUUCUCUAUCACUUAAGCUUUGGGCUGAUUAAUAUCUGUGUGGGGGUCAAUGGAAACUACAUUCUCUACAUUUAUAAAAAUUUAAUUUAAUUAUUUAUAUUUUAGGAAAAUAUAUUUGAAUAAAAUUAAUGCAUUUUCUGGAGUAAAUUAAAAUGUUAUUAGCAAGAAAUAGAAAAUUUGACUAAGAUAAUUGUGUAUAUGAAUCAUUUUUCCCCCCAAGUUAAAAUGUAUCAUAAUAGAGAGGCUCUAAUGAAUCAAUUUCCAAUACUCAUUUCUUUCUCAUUUUGAAUUCAAGUUACAAUGACUUUACACUGUAGAUUUUAAUCUUGUCUGAUGUGUGCUGGUGUGUAUGACACAAACUCAUAAGUCUGGAUCAUGCUUGGGUACAGUCAAUGAAUCAACCGAGUCACUUUGAGGAAUUUGUUUUUGUCGAAUUUGCUCUGUGCUCAAUCCCAUGAAUUAUUAAAUUUACAAUGUUUGUCCCCAAAUGAAAACCAAUAUAAAUGAAUGAUGUUUUAAUCUGUACUUUAUGGGAAGUUGCCUAUUUGUCAGUAGAUGUGGUUAAGUGAGUCCUCUGGUGCAGUGACAUCCUUUUAAGCCAUCUCAUAGGGAUUUAAAGAAGGCCAAUAGGAAUAUAGAUAUUGGUUUUUCUUUCUCUGACUUGAACUAAGUAGGAGAAACCAAACCAUAAACCUAUUACAAACUACCCAGGCAGAGGCAUUUACUUAAUUCAUCAACUAGUGCAAUUAAAACCCUGAAAACACAUGAUCCUUGUUGACUCUGCUUGGUUGAAGCAGGAAAGAAUGGUCUUGAUGGUCAGAAAGUUUUAAAAUUAAUGGGCAGGGCCUUUCUGGCCCCUGUUUUCCAAACACGUUAGAUAUUCUGCCUUGAGGGGAUUGGCGUAGGCUACAGUGAGGGGUAAUUUUUGGAUGUAUCUGGACUUUUAAAAAAUGUGCCUAUAUUUAUAGCACCAUGAAUAUUAUGUAAAAUUUAUAUAUGAAUUAAAUAAAUAUUCACCUCUGA